AUGAGAGCUCAAUGCUUAUUUGAUUGGAAAUCCAAUCAACCAGACAAUUGGAUAUUAAAAUUAGAACACUUUACUAAUAAUAAUUCAAUUGUUGCGUCCACCAGUAAUGGAUCCAUAGUUUCAUAUUCUCUUGAUACCCCUUCGCCAACCCCCUUAUUCCAAAUCUCCAAAGCUCAUGAAUCCACUAUAAACCACCUCACCAAAUUAGAUGAAAAUACUAUAGCCACUUGUUCCACUGAUGGGAUUAAAUUAUGGGAUUUACGUACCCAAAAAUCAAUCAUCCAAUUAACCAACACCAAAAACUCAAACUUCUUAUCAUUAGGUUAUAAUCCUCAAAAUAAUUUAUUAGCCGGGGGGACCGAAUUAGUUGGUAUAGAUGCAGAAUUACAUAUUUGGGAUAUUCGAAACCCUCAAGAAGUCGUACGUUCAUUCAUCGACUCCCAUCAUGAUGAUAUAACCACCAUUGAAUUCCACCCCACCAUAAAUCAUUACCUCAUGUCAGGUUCUACAGACGGAUAUGUCAAUAUCUAUGACCUCAACCAACCAGAUGAAGACGAGGCGCUUCAUCAAGUCAUUAAUUAUGCUUCUGUCCAUUCUUGUCAUUUUAUUACCCCAACCAGAAUUUCGAUCUUGUCACAUAUGGAAUCAUUAAUGUUUCAUGAUUUGCAUGAUACGAAUUAUGAAGAGUUGAUAGAACCGAAUUUUAAGGAUUUGGAAGAUACAAGAACCUUAUGGCCUGAUAAUGAGUAUGUGGUGGAUUUGUUUCCAAGUAGGGGAUAUGUGGGCUUUGGAGCUAAUUCACAACGGAAAUUGACGUUGUUGCCGUUUAAUCCUACCAAGGAGAGUUUUGAUGCUAGUAGACCAAUUUGGUUCCCGGAUGCGCAUGGAGAGGAAGUGGUUAGAGAUUUAUAUGUUGUGCCGAACUCAAAGAAGGCGGUUACUUGUGGUGAGGACAGAUAUAUCAGAUUAUGGGAACUCCCAUAUGAGUUGGAGUCAUUUGAUAUUAGUGCUGGUGCUUCUAGUGAGAUUCAAGAAGUUGAUAUGGACUCAGACGAACCAGAAAAGAAGAAGAAGAAGAAGAGCAAGAAGGAUAAGAAAGAUAAGAAAGACAAGAAGGAUAAAAAGGACAAGAAGGACAAGAAAGAUAAACAUAAGAGUAAGAAGAAGAAGAGCGAUGUCAGAUUCAAACCAUACUAA